AUGAGCCAAUCUGUUCGGCAUGCCGCAGUAGCGAGCGUAAAAAAGCAUUUCAAGUUCGACGCCGCGGAGACGGCGGCCCUUGCGGACGAGACAGUCGUGGCGGAGGAGAUGGCGGACCUGGCGCCGGGCGCCGAGGAGGCGUCUGACUUGUCUAGUGAUGACGAGGCACCAGAAGAAGAGGGGCUUGAGGUAGUACGGGCGGCUGCGAGGAGCAGCGAGAGCGCGAGGGCCAUAGCAGUCAAACAGGCGCGCGAGCAGGAGCGGGCCCGGAGAGCCCAGAAGCAUCAGCGCUAUGCAGAGCAGCAGGAGCAUAAGCGGCAGCAGGAGGAGGAACUGCGGGCGAGCGAGAAUGGCCCGGUAGACAGCGAGGCCGAGGUGGAGGAGCUACCCGAGGAAUUUUUUGACGAGUUGGAGGAGCUGCCGAAACCGAUCGAGACGCGGCCCACGAAGAUUAACUUCAACGACGUUGGGGAGCAGUAUGCAGAGCCGCUACGGGCAGAGCUGAAGAAGCAGAAAAAGAAGACGCUAAAGUCCCUGAGGAAGCAGACGCUGAAGCGCGGGCCUGUGGUCGUGAGCGUCCUUUCGCCGCUAGGCUCGCGGUCCGCUCAGCCGCCAAAGAAGGAGAGUGCAGUGCUCAAUGUGAAAGAUAAGUGGCUGCGGCGCAGUGCUCUGAAGCGAAAAUAG